CAAUAUUUGACCUUCUAUGAAAGUUUUUUUUUUUUACAGUUUGUUGAUUUCAAGGCAUGAUUUAAAAAGAAGGGCAGGCCUAUUGCGAUGUCGUUGGAUGACCCAUGCUAUCCCAUAAUGCACCGUUGUUUACUGCAUGACGUCAUUUGCGUUACUGUAUACUGGCUGCAGGUUAACUUCAACACUAGUUGGAACGCGACUCUCUUGUGGAUCGGCCUGCUGAUAGACGCUACUUUUUCAUUCAUCCCUGGACAUCUGACCACUACCACGACAUUCCCUCAAAAGAUGGCACAGCUUUGGAACUUGGUGGAAUUCCAGGACCAGAGUGCAGCAGUUGUGCCGCUCAGCUGGGUGGUAGAGGUGGACGGAGAAGUGGGAUGCUACUGGCCACCCUAUAGUGGCCAAAAAGCUGAGAAGGCCGCCAUGAACUCCAUCCCCCCGGGACAAGGACGGCAAUUCCACCCAAAAAUCAGGGUGCUGACAACCUGUGCCACCUUUGCCAAAGCCAGGUCUUGCCUCAACCGAUCGCUGGAGGAAGGCUGCCUUACAGCAGACCUGCAGUCUGAUGGUGAGAUGGGGCCCAGGAAAAGACGUCCAAACAAAAGGUAUUUUGAGGAGGACAGCGAGGAGGAGGCACAACCAAGGCGUAAGGGGAGGAGGCCACCAUCUAUUGACGCCACUCAGCUGGACAGCGAGUGGCAAUUCCCCUCCCUUAAUGAAGACACCCAGUCAGCCAGUAGACACCCAGCCAGCCAGUUCCUUCACAGCCAGCCAUUAACUCAUGAUUCACUGCCGUCAGAAACCCCGCCAGGCCUUGUACUUAACAGCCAGCCACUAACCCAUGCUUCACCUCUGCCGUUGCGACAGGUGAACAAUCAGUUGCUGCGUGAUUUACCGUCGUCAGAAACCCCGCCAGGCCCCCUACAUCACAGUCAGCCACUAACCCAUGAUUCACCCCAGCCACGUCACCGCUUCCAUGCCACACCUCUGCCAUCCCAACAGGGGAACAAUGAGUUGCUGCGUGACAUGGGCAUCAGCACCGUGAUCUCUCUCCUUGGCCAGCUGAGGGAGGAAAUCAGGGAGCUGAAGGGGGAAAACAGGGAGAUGAAGGGGAUGAUAGGAAGGCUGGAGCAAGAGGUCAGGGCCCAAAGGAGAGAGAUGGGGAGACAAGACACACCCCAGACAUCACCCCUUACCAAGCUCCCACUCUCCACCAUGGAGGAGUUUUUGGCAGCAGAGGCCCUGGUCAAGGAAGAUGCCAAACAAAAGCAGCUGAUGGUGUCUACCUUAGCCCUUUGUGGCGGAACUGAUGUAGGGGUCACGGUGAGGCGGAUGCUGCGUAGCCUCCUGGACAACAGCUUGGCCAGCCAGUUCAACUGGGCUGGAAAGGGGGAAAAAACUGCCUUUAAGGACACCAAAAUGCAUGAUGUCCUGUUUGAUAGGUUAUGCAUGUGCACAAAGCUGUAAAAGAGGGUAAAAUAGAAAGCUGUCGCAAGUACUUGCACACUACUUCUAAAUGUUCUUUAACAACUCCUUCACUAACUGUAACAUUACGAUUAUAAUGACAAUGACAAACAUAUUGUGAAAGAUGCAAAGGAUUAAGAAACUUACCAGGCGCCUUACUCAGAAAAAGCAGGUGUGCAGGCAAGUCCAGGGAGGCUGACUGAGUGACGAACGGUUUGGUAGUGGCAUUUCUAUUUCCGCUUUGUCAAUGGGGAAAUUACUACUAUUAUUAUUUUUAAAUCCCGUUUUAAUUGUCACAAGAUUCACACCUAUGGUUUCUGAUUUUUACAUAUAUUUUCUGUACUCGUGCCAUUACUUGCCACCUACCACUAGAGUGUGACAUAGUCUUCCCAACUCAAACUUAAACAAUUAUCACCAUGCAAAUUCUCAAUGUUUUGUUCUUUUUC